UCGUUUCAACAGAAUUCACAAGAACCUUAUACUGUCGUUCGUUCCACGAUCUUAUGAUGGGAGUUAUUGUAACUUUGUUGCUAAACAUUCCAUAACGAUACAGUAGAGCGCGAUAUUCGUUGCAACUAUAUCUCUUGUAACUCGAGGACGACGAAAAGCAAAUUUUGCAGAACGAUGCACGCUCGAUCUACUAAUCAGCAAACGUUCGCACCAACUGCCAACCCAGCAUGCUUCCCUUGUUUCUUCUUUAUUAACAUGGAAUGCAGAAGUAAAAUUUAGAAGCUGAAAACAGAGUGUUUCGAGAAUUCAGGAUCAUCCGUUAGCUUCGCUAUCAAGAAAUAAUCGGAAGACCUCAGCUCGAAUCCUGAGGAUAACGAAUUUUUAGAAUCUAUUGGCGAAAGAUGCCAUCGUCCAAGGGUUUGCUGAUAUUUCUUCUGGCCUCGCAGUUGCUAUCCAUCCACGGCCAAGGAUAUUAUAACAAAUACCCCGACCGAUUCCACCCUCCAUAUACGCCCAGGCACACAACAGAAUAUUCGGCACGUAAGCCCCAUCUUGGGAAUCAUCACGGGAAUGGCGACGACGUCAUACUAAGUAAAACCUCUCCACCACCGGUCGACACGAAAUCUUCGGUUGAAAUGGUUAAUCCUGUCCCUACAUACAGACCUUCGCAUUCGCCCUACGAUAAUAAUCAUACUCAAAAUAGGACAAACACAGAACCUCGGAAUUACGGACCUACUCAUUCGAAGUACAGGGAAUGCAAGCCAACGGCCCCCAACACUAUCCUGAAUUUCGCUAGCGUUGGCCUGAAGAGAAUCGGUGACGCGUUCAUCAAGAGUUCGGAAACGAAGGAGCUCUACUUGGACAAUAACGACAUCACCCAGAUCUCUGGCGCAGCGUUCGUCUUGCUGAAUCAAUUGGAAGUCCUCAGUUUGUCGGGCAACAAGAUUCCCAUUGAAAAACUGUUAUGGUUCAGUAAAACCUACACUCUGCGAAAGUUAGUUGUGGACGACAACAGAUGCAGUCCUUCCAACGUGACGAAGGUGUUAGAAGCGUUGCCCAGGCUGGAGGAAUUGUCCCUGCAGAGGGACAACAUUUCGCGUUUCGUCGUCAAUUUGAAGGAAUUCGCCCCCAGACUGACGCACUUGCGACUCUGUGGUAACAACAUCGACGAGCUGGAAUUUCUAGAUGAUCUGCCGGAUAGCCUGUCUCAUCUGUACUUGGAUGACAACAUGAUCACCAAAGUAAGGAGCAUCGCUUUGAACAACGUCCAGGAGCUAUCCGUAAGCGGGAACCAUAUCGAGAAGCUGUGCCGCGAUAUGUGUUCCGAUUCUUUCUUGUCUCUGAAAGGCAUGGAGAAUCUGCAGAAGCUGAACGCUUCGCGUAACAGCAUCGCCGAGGUAACUGACAACGCGUUCAUUGACGCGAAGAACUUGAUAACCCUGGAUCUGUCUCGUAACAAGAUCAAAACGCUUCCCGUGGAUGUUCCCAACAUGUUGUCCGUGCUUAAAGAGCUUUUCCUGAGUCACAACGAGCUUGGAUCGAUGCCGAAUAUCUGUUCCUCGAUGCGUUUGAGGUACCUGGAUCUGAGCUACAAUAACAUAGGGUCUAUCACCAAUAGCAACCUGUGCGACUCCACGAGUAAUUUGCACACCCUACUUUUGAGUGGAAAUUAUAUCACCGACGUGGACAACGACGCUUUUAUGCGAUUGCCGGCGUUGAAGAAAUUGGAUCUGUCGAACAAUCUGAUUCUUAACCUCCCAGUGAGGUUGAUCUAUGGGGCCAGAUCCCUGCAAACCCUUCUGUUGAGGAACAACAGUAUCGCGAACAUCGACCAGCUGUUCUCUGUUAAAUCCAAGGUGUUGCAAGAGUUGCAUCUUCAGGAGAAUCCGUUUUGCACCGUUAAAUACGAGGAAAUGCCUCAAUUGGUGAUUCAUUUGAAGGACCAACCGCGACAGGCGAAGGAUAACGAAGAAAAAGAGGAGGAGAAGGAGGAGGAUGAUACAACGGAAAAUCACGACGACGACUACGAAGACGAGAACUCGGUGAACAGUCGAUGGGACUAGGUUAUACGCGUUGAACGAACCCUUUUCAAGGUGGUGGCGGAGAUAAACGUAUUGGGGAAAUUGUGGCAGCGUUAUCGUCAGACAAUAUAAUCUUUAGUACUAACAAUUAGAGUAGAAUAAAAUAUUAACAAACAUUAUUAUAAUAUACUGCAAUACUAAUAUUAUACAAUUUUUGCAAUCCUAUGUACACGUAUUGUAAUGCUAACAUACCGCUUGAUUUGUAUAUUUUGCAUAAAGGCAUAUCGCAGU